UUGAAAUCGUCUUCUCAUUUGGGUAACACCCGCAAGAAGUAAUAAACAUUCAAAACUUCUUUUUGAACUUCUUGACUCGCCAUUUGCGUAUCACUAUUUGUAAUGUAUGUUUCGUGAACUAUAUCAUCCGUUCUGAUUGUGCCAUCUUCUACUCACUGUUCAGACAUUUUUAAAACUUUAAAGAUCUCAGUUCCCGGAAGGUGUAAAAAUAAUUGACGUGACAGUAGUUUUAAUAAACAUACAGAUUCUAGUUUAUUUGGUUGAUACACCGAGACUCUGGCUACAUUUAUAGCACCUCUUCGUGAACCAUUCGCAAUAAUUCAAUGGCAGCUCGUCAACGGUUGCCAAGAGUAUUUACAAUGUCUUUGGCGAUGCUGUCCCAUUCACACGAUUGGUCGGUUUUGUAUAUUCCACGAUGUGUCGAUUUUCUCUUCUCCCAUAGUGUAGGGUUACUGUAACGCGUAACGACUCACACAGUUGUGUUUAAAGAUGGUUGCCUAAGUUAGGAAAAAUAGCUGAAAUACUGUGUCUAUGUCGUGGGCCCAUUGACUAACAUAAGCGUUUUGUGUGUCCUGUCGCUACUGAAGUCAUCCAAGCUGACUCUGGGUGCCUAGAUGCCUAAAAGGUGAGGACUUGUUCUGUCAAGAAGAGUAUGGCCGAAUCGGUGAAGAUGGAUCUAUAUGAUAUUCGAACGUGUGAAGCAUAGCGAUUUUUUUGCUUCAGUCAUCUCGUUGGAGCACAUGACAACGGCGAGGAUGCUCACCUUAAGGAAAUUUCUGCACUGGCGCGCUCUAAAACUACUUAUCAUUUUAUCAACGAUGGCCUUCGUUACAUUGGCACUUCUCCAGUACCAACAAAAAUUAAAGAGACCUGCUCGGGCGCGAUGGCGUACCGUGAUGGAAUCCAGUUCCGAGUGUGUGGCACCAGUGAAGGAGUUGGGGUGCGCAGUUCCGGCAUUUACCGCCGAAUGGUCCACUGUGCCCAGCCUAGACAUUCAGAUAUAUUCUGCACACAUUGAUGAUCGAUUAGUGGUUGAUGGAGAAAUACAGAACUUCAUUAGAAUCAUAGGUUUACUUCGUAAAUCAGCUACGCAGGUGCGGCUUUAUUGCCUAGCCAAUUACCCUUCUGGGGAGCAAACCACGGCAAGAGCGACUCUUGAUAAAGUAUGGAUUGAUUCCUGGGACAAUGCUACGCACAAGGACCUCUUGACGCCAUACAUAAUUUCGUGUCACAUUGGAGUUGAUUUAGAGGAGCAACCGAGCGGCGUGUCGAUACUGACCGAUCCUUGCGAGUGUCCAUCUAACAAUCUGCGGUUAAGGAGACAAAUGCCACCACCCAGAAAGGAUUUCAUGGUUUGCGUAAAAGGAUUAUUCUUUUCCAGAGAUAAAAGCCGCGAACUGAUGCAAUGGCUGGAAAUGUUAUAUCUACUAGGCGCCAAACAUAUCCAUAUGUACAACUAUCUGCUUCAUAAAAAAACCAAAAAGAUGUUAAAAUUCUAUCAACGUUAUCGUAAUUUAACCUUACAAAAGAUCAGUUUACCGCCGAGGGAAUAUCCACAAGGAAUGGGUUUUUUGAAAAAUUUCCUGGUCAACAAGGCGUGGGAAAAACGCCGUCUUGAACUUGUGCCUUACAAUGACUGCUACUAUCAGUACAAGGACAAAUUUGACUACAUCACCUUAUUGGACGUGGACGAAUUAAUUGUGCCCCGUGAUUUGGAUGCCACUUCGUGGCCAACACUGAUGCACAAAAUACGUGACGUAGAAGCUGAAGCAGUUAGCAAGUAUGCGUCAUUCGCGUUCAGUAACGCUUACUUCUUUCGCGACAAAGACAGCCCUAUGGAUAUUCUCGUGCAAACGCAACGGUCAGCGAAUUUAUCUCGGCCUGGAUUUGCUGUCAAGAGUUUCUUUACAGCAAAUGGCUCAUUAGCCGUAUUUAAUCACUACACGUUGAUUCCGCUGAGACCGGAGAUUCGUAAAUGCGCAAUUGUUGGCUCGGAUAUUGGGCUGGUGCAUCAUUACAGGGAUAGUUGCCCUCAGCUAAUGGAGAAAGAGUGUGAAAAUGAUUUCAUGAAGUUUGUUAUUAAGGACGACACUGUGCCUAAGAAGUUUGCGCGAAGACUCCAUCAAGCCCUUGAAGCUGUUACGCAUGAUAUGAAAAACGCACUUUUUUAGAAAACAGCAGAUGGUCUUUUUGAAUAUUUGCUUAUCACGAAUCAUUGCUGAAGGAGCUACAAUAGUUUUGUGCGAGUACUGGGGUACGAAUUGUUUCCUGGAAAUGCAUAUGGACCAGUGCAAAAAGUUAAUUUGAAAAGAAACGUGUUCACUUCUCACAAAUGAUUUAAAAGCACAAUGGCGCAAUAAAUCUAUAAUCAUGACUUGUUAAAAAAAGCCGAAGUAUGUAGCAUGCUUUGUAGAAAUCAAAUCGUUGAGUGUAAAUAAUAUGUAAAGUGUAACCACCACUGCAAUCAUAGCCAGAAUAAUAUAACAUACGGUUGUGAAUAUAAUUGAGCAAAUAACGACGCAGGUCAUAAAGAUAAAAAAUACGAGCAUAAUGCUAUUUACAACAGGAGUCACCGUAUUGUGCCAGAGAGUGAGCAUUUUACAAGCGCCUUGUUUUCAGCUAGAAGGGCAAUUCUUUUUGUAAAUAUUUUAGACAAUUUAAGUAAUUUAUGUUAAGCUGAUUAGAAUGUAGUGCCAGUUAUUUUUACGUGGCCGGAGAGACAAGGUUUCAGUCAAGUUUUAGCAACAAAUUAAUCUAUUAUGUUCUAGGCCGCGCUUUCUACGGUCUUCUCCAUUCUCUUAUCGAUUUCGAAUGGCCGAGCUGGGUGAACGAGGUGCAUCAUUUAGAACCAAGAUGCCAUCUCUGAAUUUAAGAAACCAACUUUAAGCCGUUCGUCAUGCAUUUAAAUGCCCAGUCUACACUAUACAAGACACAAAUGUCCCAGGCUGUUUCGAUAACUUUUUGGUCUUAGCAAAAGGCGAAACAAAGUAAAGGUCGACUUACUUUCUGUCCAAUCUAAUAGUUUUUAUACAAAAAUAAUAACAGUGUGUAUAAUAGAAGAUCUAUACGCGAAAUACUAUUAUACAUCACAAAUGCAAUAUCUCGUCGCGUUGUGUGAAAAAGCAUGAUUGUCUCAGCUUCACAUUCAGAAGUAUAAGUAAAAUGUCUAUACUUGAAAAAAAUGUUUAGCUAUCAUCGCUCUUGACAGUAUAGGAAUUAGAUUUAAGCAUUCUAAUACAUGUUACACCACUCAACUACUACUGCGUCGACACUUCAUGUAAAAUUCCACCUUUAUUAUAACAACUGGUUUUACAAGAUAUUUUAGAGGAAUGAAAAAUACUUCCUACACCAUAAAUGAUUUUCCCGUAUCUGUUUGAUUAUGUACGUUGAUUAUUAUAACUCCGUUUUAAUAAUAUUGUAUAUAGCAAAGGUAAUACGAAUUUUUUUGGUGGAAUGGGUUCUUUUGUGCGUGUAGCGAAAUUGCGAAAUCUACGCCUUCAGCGUUUUUUAUACAAAUAUGUGCAAUUAGGAAGGCCUUAGAGUAAAGAGACAAAGAUUUCAUGCUGAAAACACUUAGAUGCAAGCCGUACCUGUUAGGUAACCAAAAAAAAAUCUGACCAAACAUAUUGUUUCAACAACUUCACAGAGCGCUAUCCUAGGAGCUACUGAGGUUCUAAGGUUUAGAUCGAUGAAGUCCGAGGGAACCGCGCAGGUGCAAAAAAAGCCUUUGGCGCAUGUGUAGUACUUGAUGGCAGCAUUCUGUUUUCAUUAGCUGAAUCGGGAUUCAAAUGUUAUAAAUCCCAAAACUAACUAAUAUAUAAUACAGAAUAAUGUUAUAAACGUAAUCCUCUAUAAAGCAACAGAGUUAAUUCUUAGGUUAAAAUGUGCAACUUGAGCUGUGCUUAUCAUGGCUGAGGUGCUCAUUGCAUUCUGGAAAAGUUAUUCAACUUAAUAGAUAACUCAUAUAGUUACGCUUAGUGAUAACAUAGUG